AUGAGUGAAAAGGCGACCAUAGAGGCAACGCCUCUCAUACGAGGACGACUUCAACAACGACCACGAAAGUCACAUUAUUCCACCAUCUUAGGCCUUUUGGCCGCUGUUUGUCUUAUCACAUUCUUCCACCGCCGACCUUAUCCUUACCCAGUGAACAUCGAGGAUCCAGCAGACAAGCCAUGGACUUGGAGCGAUGUCAAGCCAAGCCGGAAACUUCAUUGGGAACCGUGUUAUGAGAACUUUGAGUGUGCAAGACUUGACGUCCCAAUGGACUGGCUUGCGCCCUCGGAUGAUAAGAGAGUUGUCCUUGGUGUUAUCAAGCUACCGGCCAAGACAAAUGACAACCCUGUUUCUCCGCUCUUUGUGAAUCCUGGAGGACCUGGCGGAUCGGGAGUUAACUUUGUAAGAAAAGAAGGACAUAUCCUGCAAGCAGCUGUCGGCGACAACCAUGACGUUAUCAGCUUCGAUCCUCGUGGAGUCGGCGUCUCUACACCUCGAGUUGAAUGCUGGGGCUCUUCUCAAAAGAGAAAGUUAUGGAGUCUCCAAGAUACACCCGUUGCCGACGAACACCCAGGUCUUAUCUACGAUGCCUAUGCCCGAGCAUCUGCCUACUCCGGAACUUGUGAGCAGGCUAUGGAGGAAACUGGUCUUAUGCCGUUCCUCGGUAGUGCAUCCAUCGCUCGAGACAUGCUAGAGAUUCUUGACAAGACAGGUAAUGAGAAGCUACGGUACUGGGGAUUCAGCUAUGGCACUAUUCUUGGUGGCGUCUUUGCUGGACUAUACCCUGAGCGUGUUGAGAGACUGGUUAGCGACGGAAACGUUGACUAUCACGACUGGUUCAACUUGGAUCACGGCAACUUUGUCUCUGACACAGAUAUGAUCUUCGAUGGAUUCGACAAAGCGUGCCAUAAAUCCGGGCCCCUCAAAUGCGCUUUCUAUGCAGACUCGCCAAAGGCCAUUGAGGAACGUCGAAGCAAUCUCCUCGCCCAUCUUAAAAAGUCGCCUGUUCUCGUUCCAGCUUGGACUCACGAUUCCGGCCCUGAACUACCCCUCCUCGUCACCUAUUCCCAUCUUCAACGCCUUAUCCAAACUUCCAUUUAUUCUCCGCUUAAGAAGUUCCCUCAACUUGCUCGUGUGUUCGCUUCUUUAGAGAAGGGCGAUGGAAUCCCCUAUUACGAGAUGGUGAUGGAGGGUAAAAACAAGAGCCUCAAUGGAGAUAUGUGCGAACUGGGGGAAACUCCUGCAACUAUGCCCCUCGAGACCUCUAUGGGGCUCGACGCUUUCCCUGCUAUCAUGUGUCUGGACUCAAAGCCUGUGACAGAAACACCGCAGGAGAUUGCAGACUAUUUUGACAGAAUCACGCACAAGAGUCGUUGGGCGGGAGCAGUCAACUCCAAUUUCCGUGUGUCGAGAUACGAGACUAACUUUGAGAAGCCGACUUUAGGGAGUGCGUUUAACAACUCUGCCAAGUUCCCCAGCUCAGUUGUUCUCAAGCAGAACUCCUACGGUCAUUGUUCGCUGGCGGCGCCUUCAGCAUGCUCCCUCACUUAUAUCCGAGAAUACUUCCAGGAGGGCACAUUGCCUCCUGCUGGUGCCGAGUGUGAUUCCGAUUAUGACCUUUUCGAGAUGCCUGGGUUGGAAGAAGAUGUGACUGGCUUGGAUGAGCUCGGAUCGAUUGCGCUCAAGCUGUCAAGAGAGGUUGAGCUUCCCAAGGCCUUCUGA